AUGUACGCUGAAAGCCAGACGUUGAUGGUUGAUGUCGAUCAGUCUGUACCUGCAGAUUGCCCUGGACUUGACCCCGGAACCCCAGAUCUCCUGAACACGAGGGGUCCUCAUCUCCUUGUGUCUCGAGCUCACUUACGCAGAAACCAGGCUUGGCCAACGAUGACGACUAUCAACACAAUUGAACCCAUUGCGACCAUACCAUACUUCCCACUGCGACCGAGUCUACCCACUGCAACCAUCCUCACCGAUCGCGACCAUAUCUAUCCAUUGCGACCACAAGUACCCAGCGCGACCAUCUCACUCCUACUCCCUCGGAUCAAGACCUUCAUCCAAUGA